AGUAGCCCUCUCUUUCACAUUUUCCAAUAAAUUCCAUUACGACAAGGCAUAUCUCGGUUGUUUAAGCUCACUUCUCUACCGUUCACCUGUCCCUUCGUAAUCGAAGUCGGUUGUUUUUCCCAUCUUGUCUACCUACGUAACUCAUAGGUAGCCAUAGAAAGGGACAAACAUAAGACCCCUCCUUCCUCAGUCGCUAUGGCUGGCCCCGCCUCUCCCAACGAAGGCCCUACGUUCGAACCACCACAGCUUCCACCUGGAUGGAUAGCACAGUGGGAUGGUGCAAGCAAAAAAUAUUACUACGUUCAACUCUCGACCGGUGUCUCUCAAUGGGAGACUCCAACACAAGCCGCGCCGGGAAACACGCCCGCUCAAGUCAACGAGCACCCGUACGGGAUACCUGGCCGACAAGAAGUCAUCACGCACCCGGACGGUACACAAACUGUCAAACAUCCAGACGGCCGGAUGGAACCCGUAUUGGCGCCUGAUGGUAGUCGAGGACUCGGUGGACCAUCUGGAGAAAGAGGAUUCGGUAGUUUUGCUGCCAACACGUUGCUGAGUCAGUUCUCUGGAGGCCACGGAAAGCCACAGAGUGGCGGCAGUCAUGGUUCGAGCGGCAUUGGAGGUAUUGCUGGCCAAUUAAUUGGUGGUCUCGGUGGAAGCCAUGGUAGUAGCCACGGAGGUUCGUCUGGUGGACAUGGCGGAGGAGGUCCUAGUCAACUUGUUGGCCAACUUGCCUCGAAUUUAUUUUCCUCUGGCAGCAAGCCUCAGCAAUCACAGAAUUACCAUGCAGGGCAGCCCCACCAACCACAACACUCAUCAGGUCUCGCUGGCUCUGUGAUGGGAGGCGUCGCAAGCAUGUUUGGAGGAACGCAUCAACCAGGUCAGAGCUAUGGCUAUUCGAACUCGGGCCAUGCGGGCGGAUACAGUGGUCAAGCUCCUCCGUCAUCUUAUCAGUCACCGAGUGCAUCAACGCCAUCAUAUAGUGCCCCGCCUCAUCAACAGAGCUCUCCCUCCUACAACCCUCCUUCUGGUCAACAUGGAACGCCGCAAUAUCCACCUCCACCCGGCCAGCAUGUUGCAACAUCAUAUCCUCCGCCUCCUGGCCAGACAGGAGGACACCAAAAUCCCUCUUAUCAUAGCCCCCCGCCCGGUUCACAGCAUCAAAACCCGCCUUAUGGUGGUGCCCCAUCAUCGGGUCACUCUAGUUAUGGGCAUAGUCCAACUCCCCAAGCAAAUGCUUAUUCACAACAACCGCAAUACACGUCACCACCACCGAACCAACCCCAAUAUAAUGGCCACCAACAGUACCCUCCGCCUCCGUCUACGUACGGUAACCGACCGUACAAUGUGUCACCUCCAUCGUCAGGUACUCACGGGUACCCGGGACAACCCCCGUACGCGAACGCCGGGCCACCAGUUCCUUCGGCGACGCACCCCCAUGCCCAGUCUGGGUAUCCCGGUAAUUGGUAAUAGGAAAGUUCCAAGCUGUUAUUUGUAUUGGCAAAGUUUCAGGCAUAUGAUAGACCGCAGAGUUUAUUUUAACUGUUCUUGGAGCAUUUCCACCAUCUUCAUUAUGCUAAGAGCAAUUCCGCUUUGGCAUUGAUCCGCGGUGAUUUAUAGCAUAAAUUAAGUU